CAGACAAUGAAACUGAGGCACAGAGAGUGUUAAAGAACUUGCUCCGGUCACAUAGCUGGAAAUGACAUAAAGGCCUUACAAAUACAUCUGUGCGUUCUUGCUUCAGACUUUACAAUUGAGGGCCAACCCCAGUCUGGAAGCACUAUUAAUGUUACAAGGAAACCACUACCUCAGCAAACAAAAGGAAAGUAGAAGACUUCUCUAAUUUAUCAGAAAGGCCAUUGAAAAAAAACCAAAACACUUGUUUUCAAAAAUAUUAAAGGAAAAGGAAGUUUAAAUAGUUUUUGGAUUGAGAAGAAGUAUUUGCAGGUAAAUAGAUUUGUCAGGCAGGCCCUGUCAAGAUUCUGCAGAUUUGAUUUCCUUCUUAAGGACGUGUGUGAAGUACUUCUGCUUUUUAAAUUGCUGUUGAUCAGCUUGUGGGUUUAGGGUUCUAAUUUUUCUGGUAUAUUAAGAUACACUAUAUUACACUAUCUCAUUUUUUAAAGUUAAGUUAUUUUGUCAUUGUAAAUACAAGUAUCAAAACAUUCUUGCAAAGCAAUUAGAGUAAACAUUUUUCUCAAGCAAACAUAUCUUUUUAAGAGAGAAUGGUAGCAGUUCUUACACAGCAAUUGGGACACAUUUAUUUUUUGUCAGAGGUCCUGCCAACACUAAGAAAAUUAGUCAUAUAAACCUGCAGUUCUUCUCUUAUCUACAUUGGAUCACGUGGACAUCUGCCUCAUGGAAAUGCCUUUUUUAAAAAUUUGGUUUGCAGAACUCCACUAUUUUUAUACCUAGCUACAGUUUUUUUGUUUUGUUUUGUUGUUGUUGUUGUUGUUUUUUUAAAGUCAAGGAAUCAGAAUCCUGACCUAAUCCCCGUCCCUGGAACAAUUCCCCUUCACGUAUGUAUUGCUGCAGUGCUCAGGACAGUAAAAUGGACUACAAGCGGCGCUUCCUGCUUGGCGGGUCCAAGCAGAAGGUGCAGCAGCACCAGCAGUACCCAAUGCCCGAGCUGGGUCGAGCACUGAGUGCUCCCCUGGCAUCCACAGCCACCACUGCCCCCAUGGGCAGUCUGACUGCUGCAGGCAGCUGCCACCAUGCCAUGCCCCACUCCACUCCCAUUGCUGACAUCCAGCAGGGCAUCUCUAAGUACCUGGAUGCCCUUAAUGUCUUCUGCCGUGCCAGUACUUUCCUCACAGAUCUCUUCAGCACCGUGUUCAGGAAUUCUCACUACUCGAAGGCAGCCAUGCAGCUCAAAGACGUGCAGGAGCAUGUCAUGGAAGCAGCCAGUCGGCUAACUUCAGCCAUAAAGCCUGAAAUUGCCAAGAUGCUGAUGGAGCUUAGUGCUGGGGCCGCAAACUUUACAGAUCAGAAGGAAUUCAGUCUUCAGGACAUUGAGGUAUUGGGAAGAUGUUUCUUGACAGUGGUGCAGGUCCACUUCCAGUUUUUGACGCAAGCAUUACAGAAAGUUCAGCCAGUGGCUCACUCUUGUUUUGCUGAAGUUGUUGUGCCAGAGAAAAAGAACAGCGGCAGUGGCAGCAGCUUAUCUGGCAUGGGCCACACACCCGAACUGGAGGAAGCUGUGCGAUCCUGGCGGGGUGCUGCUGAGGCAACCUCUAGAUUAAGAGAAAAAGGCUGUGAUGGUCGCCUGGCAGGUAUCGAAGUUCAGCAACUCUUCUGUUCUCAAAGUGCAGCAAUUCCUGAGCACCAGUUGAAGGAGCUAAACAUGAAAAUUGACAGUGCUUUGCAGGCAUAUAAAAUAGCUCUGGAAAGUUUAGGCCACUGUGAAUAUGCAAUGAAAGCUGGCUUCCACCUGAAUCCAAAGGCAAUUGAAGCCAGUUUGCAGGGCUGCUGCAGUGAGGCUGAGGCACAGCAGACAGGGCGGAGGCAGACGCCCCCACAGCCCAUGCAGUGUGAGCUCCCCACUGUCCCUGUGCAGAUAGGGCCCCACUUCCUGAAGGGGGUGUCCUUCAACGAGUCGGCUGCUGACAACCUGAAGCUCAAAACGCACACGAUGUUUCAGCUGAUCAAAGAGGCAGGCUGCUAUAAUGGGAUCACACCUAGAGAUGAUCUCCCUGUGACCGAAGUGCUGAACCAGGUGUGCCCAUCCACAUGGCGGGGUGCCUGCAAGACUGCUGUGCAGCUACUGUUUGGCCAAGCUGGGCUGGUGGUUGUGGACACAGCACAAAUUGAAAAUAAAGAGGCCUAUGCCCCCCAAAUCAGUUUAGAAGGCUCCAGAAUUGUGGUUCAGGUUCCAUCCACAUGGUGUUUGAAAGAAGACCCUGCUACCAUGUCCCUGCUUCAGAGAAGCCUGGACCCCGAGAAGACGCUGGGUCUGGUGGACGUGCUCUACACGGCUGUGCUGGACCUCAGCCGCUGGAGAGCAGGGAGGGAACAAGCUUUGCCCUGCAUACAGAUCCAGCUCCAGAGGGAAAUCUGUGAUUUGGGGAAUCAGAGUGAUCUGCCUUCUGGAAAUGGAAACAAAUCUUCAGGUGGCCUGCAGAAGACAUUCUCCAAAUUGACAUCCCGGUUCACUAAGAAAGCAUCAUGCACCAGCGCUAGCAGCAGCACAAAUUAUUCCAUCCCAAGUACCCCAUCCAAAAACAUCUUCAUAACUGGGUGUCCAGAAGAAAAGGCCAAAAUGCCCAGUAAUGUUGAUUCAAGGUUACAAAGCAUUUUGAACAUUGGAAAUUUCCCUAGGACUACAGAUCCUUCACAGUCAGCUCAGAAUUCCAGCAAUCACAUGGCCAAUGGAUUCCUCCUGGAGAGGCGUGAGAACUUCCUACACGUGGAUGAAGGCAAAGAUGAGAAGGGUAUGAACUUACCAACUGAUCAGGAAAUGCAAGAGGUAAUAGAUUUUCUCUCGGGGUUCAACAUGGGCCAGUCACAUCAGGGCUCCCCAUUGGUGACGAGGCGCAAUUCUGUUGCCACAACCAUGGUGACUGAGCAGAAGAUAGGUGCCAUGCAGCCUCAGCACCCACCACUGUCAGUGCCCCUUCCACAGCGACCACCCCAGACUGGUACGCACACACCUCUGCCAUCCCAGCCCGGACUGACACCUCAGCAGCAGUCCCCAAAGCAGCAGCCCCAUGUUCAGUACUACCAACACCUGCUUCAACCUAUUGGACCUCAGCAGGCACCGCCCCAUCCUCGGGCCCCUGGGAAAUGGGUGCAUGGGUCUCCCCAGCAGCCUUCCCAGCCCCUUGGGGGAGGUCUGUCUCCUCUUGGCCAGUGGCCUGGCAUAUCGGACCUCAGUUCUGACUUGUACAGCUUGGGUCUAGUGAGCAGCUAUAUGGAUAAUGUGAUGUCGGAGGUUUUGGGACAGAAGCCACAGGGACCUAGAAACAACACAUGGCCUAACCGUGAUCAAAGUGAUGGAGUCUUUGGGAUGUUGGGAGAGAUUCUGCCUUUUGAUCCUGCAGUGGGGUCAGACCCAGAGUUUGCACGCUACGUGGCAGGUGUGAGCCAGGCUAUGCAGCAGAAGAGACAAGUCCAGCACGGCCGCCGCCCUGGCAACCUUCGGGGCAAUUGGCCACCCAUGGACGAUGCCCACAGAACCUGGCCUUUCCCAGAGAUCUUAACAGAAGGGGAUAAUCUGCAUAGCGGCUGGUCCGGCGGGACCCAGGGAGACUCAGCCAGUUCAAGUGAUGAGACAUCAUCUGCCAACGGGGACAGCUUAUUCUCCAUGUUUUCAGGACCUGACCUCGUAGCUGCUGUCAAGCAGAGAAGGAAGCACAGCAGUGGCGAGCAGGAGACCGGCACACUGCCUUCACCGCCUCUUCUUUCCACCGUGGAUGACAUGAACCAGGAUAACAAAACCAAAACGUGGCCGCCCAAAGCACCCUGGCAACAUCCUUCCCCACUGCCCAGCACGCUACCCAGCCCCAGCGCACCCCUCUAUGCAGUCACCAGUCCCGGCAGCCAGUGGAACGACACCAUGCAGAUGCUGCAGUCCCCGGUGUGGGCUGCCACCAGCGACUGCAGUGCCACCUCCUUCGCCUACGUGCAGACUCCCCCGCAACCCCCACCCCCACCAGCACACAAGGCAGCACCCAAGGGCUUCAAGGCCUUCCCUGGGAAGGCAGAGCGCAGGCCAGCCUAUUUGCCCCAGUACUGACCUAGGGCCAGCCUUCCAGAUCUUUUGGGGCCAGUGUUCCCACUCCAGGGAUGACUGGCUAACACCAGCCCCCCCAGAGGACCAGUACACCCACCCCAGGCAGGGAUCCUUAGGGAUGGAAGUGGUUGGCAGCUCUGAGCCUUUAAGGCCUGGCUUUAUGGACUCAGAGAGCACCAGAUGCUUGGGAGACAGGUGUCUGAGCCUCCUUCCAGGGGUGCCAGUGGCCUCGUGCUUAAGAAGCACCUAGAGUCAUUCUGGAGCAGGUGACCCAAAGCCCCCCUGGAAACAGGCUCUUUCAUGUGUGUUAGGAAGGCCUAAGGCUGAGAGCAACUAACUAUCCUCCACAUCCUGCCUCUGCCCCCUCAACACCAGUCACUGUAGUUAAUAGCUAUUUUCAUAGAGGUUUUGAGUUAAAACACUUCCUAAAAAUGAAUGGAAUAUUUUAAAUAACAAAUACAGUGGCUGGAGGUCUAUUCAACACUAUCAUCAUCAAGUGAAUAGAAAAUGAGCAAAUUAUAGACCUUUGUGAUCAGAAGCAAUCACCAUAUUGUCUGAGGGAAGGCACCCCUCACUGUCCAGUCUCCUCAGGGGACGCCCCAUUUACUAGACUUACACAAGCAGGAUCACAAAACAGAUUUGGGUGGAGGCAUAUUCCUGGAAGCGCACGGGGAUGAGCCAGUGGACUGCACUCCCUGUCCUGUUGGAGAUAACCCUGCUGCCCCCUGGUCCUUCCACAGAUGGCCACGGGCUUCCAAGCCACCUCAAAAUGUUGGCACUGGUCAAAGACUUACCAAGAGAUACCCGCACUUGAAACUACAGUAAAAUUUGUGAGCUGGCUCAAGACAAAGCAAUUGUGAUAUAGGUAGGAAUUAGUCCUUUAAAAAAAAAAAACAACACCCUGUUUUGAGUUAACAUGUGCCAUUAGAUAAAUAACAACCUGUGGAUUUAGGAAUAUCCCAAUCAAUCCAAACCAGAGUGGAUCCAGAAGAAUUGAAUGGUGCUUAAAUUGAGAAAUAAUACAAAAUAUAUCUAUAUAGAAUAGACAUCCCACUGUACAUUAAUUGAAGUUACAGAAGUUCUUUAUAUAAAACUUAUUUAAAUUUUUCAUAUUUCAUCUUUGGAAAAGUCUAAUUGAGAAAAAUCCAUAUUUUCUGGUAUAAAAGUUUGACAGUAUUAAUAUUUUUUUAUAUUUUCUUAAAUCAUUAAACCAUUUUAAUAUAUGUUAACUACUAAUAAAUGGUUUAUUCUUUCUAACUCCAUAUAAGCUUUUCCAGCAAAGAUUGUAAUAACACAUUUAUGUUCUCAUUUUUCUAUGGAUAUAAGUAAAUUUAUAUUUAAAAAUACCAAAAAGAAGAUAUAUAUAUAUAUAUAUGUAUGAGUACACACUAAUGAUAGGACCCAGAGGGUGUCUGAGCCCAGCCACUGAACUCUCAGUACUGUUGCCAGGUUGCUUCCAGGCCUCGACUCUGUCCUUUGUGCUGUGUGGGAUGCCUUUGCUGCCUGUACUCACGCUCCUUUCGCCCUGGGCUCCGAACAUUCACCUCACCAUGUUUACAGAGAACUGUUUUGUACAUAGACAUUUUCAGGCACGUGCUUUGCACCGACCCCACGUGGCUCUUGUCUGUGUUCGCUGUCACUGUGCGCGCGCUAAUUCCUCUGUUGCUGUUGUUUGUGACGGUUUUACUUGUAAAAUAAUUUCCUACUUCCCUCAGUAAUGUGUCUCCAGGUCGUGGUAUUCCGAGUUUUAUUCACUGAAGUCCCCUUGUUUUAAUAGUGCCUCCUCAAAAGACCUCACCCUGGAUCGAGGUCAGUCCUUGAUACCCCAGUGCAGGUGACAUUGACCUUGCUAUUUGUCAUUUUCCAGUCUGUUUUCUCUAGGACAUUUUGUAAUUGCAUCUCCCUGGGUUGUGAGACUGUGUGAUGCUCUUUGUGCGGUCUCCUUGUAGGUGCUGUGUUCUCGGCACCACCUCGCUCUGAACACUGGUAAUUCCAGGUGCUGCGCUUGGCAGAGGGAUCUUGCCAAAGUGCGUGUAAGUGUGUGCGUGCGUAUGAAUGUGUGUGUGUGCGUGUGUGUCCUUUGCAUGGUCGAGCAUGGCAGCCUUGCUCGGGCAUCAGCAGGACAUUGUGUGAAUAGUUAAUGCUUCCAAACUGGAACUCUACAUUUUGUAUCUUUUAAAGCUCCUAUAAGUAAUAUAACUAUUGGCUUUAUUAAAAAUAUACAUUUACUA